CUUGGUAGUAUCUUGCAGUACGCAAGCGGUUUAUUAAAUUUCAUAUAGAUACAAAUUCGUGGAGGACUAUGGAUCUCGCGCUUCCUUUUUAUGACCCCUUUCAUUAUUAUCCAUUCAGAAAUUUAACCAGAAUUUUCGAUCCUACUCCGAUUCCACUGUAUCCCUACGAUUACUAUAAAGUUUCAAAAUAUACUAGAGAAGUGAUUGUGGACCGACCGGCCAUCCCUUUGUACCCAUUUGAUUACUACAAAUUCAGGAAGGUCACUGUUCGAGUAGAGCAUUUGCCACCAGCUCCAAUCAUGAUGAGAUCAGUGGCACCUGAAAUUCCUUCGAGAGUUCCGAAGAUAAUUCGCUUAACUCUAGAGCAGGAAGCUGUUCUUCUGGAGCAAUUUAAUAGAUGGCCAAAAAUUCCAAUGCACGCGGACAUUGUUCUCCUCGCCGCCGAAACUGGACUCUCCGAAGAAGACGUUCAUGAUUGGUACACCUUGAGGCUUACACGACUAAGAAAAGAACAAGGACUCGGUGGCAACUUUGGACUCGUUAAUUAACAACAACAAUUCUACAAUUUACAAAUUAUUUCGUUUCUCUUUGGCAGAUUAUUCAUAUAAAUAAUUAUUUAAUUAAUUGAUGAGAACACUUGAUCAAUUCAAAUUAAAUACCAGAAUAUUAUAAGGCUUCCUCCAUGAGGAAGAACAAAUAACGAACGAAAAUGAAAUUUUAUUUGUAAAAUGCUAAAUAUUUAUUAUUAAACAAAAAAGAAAAAUAUUUAUUACUAAACGAAAAA